CUGGGGCCCUUUGGAACGGUAAAGCCGCCUUUUCUGCUGUUAUCUAGACCAAGGGCUGGUGGGGUAGGGGUCUGCUCCCAUCAGCUACCUGGCUUUGUUCAUGGAGAAAGCCUUCCCUGUGGCCUUGAACUUGGAUCCAGCCCAGUGAGGGCCAGAGCACACCCGGGGAUAGCCAGGGCCUUGAGCCGCCUGGACAAGCUGCGUCCAAGCAGUGGGCAAGCAGUGGGCAAGCAGUCAGCGUCUGCUGGGAGUCGGAAAGUGAAAAGUGACCCGGAAGGGGUCUGAGAUCCCGGCCUCCAGCUCACCUGCCUCCUAGAGGGCCAGCCCUGGACCAUGGACCCUAGGCUCCCUGCCCUGCCUCCAGGAUGCCCUGGCCAUUCCGGGCAAAGCACCCUGCCCUGUUCUUGCGGGCCGGAGGGGAGGGCAGCCAGCUCCUUCGUUCAUCGCGAGCCGUGCUGUCGCCGGGGUCGGCUCCUGGCCCGCUGCUGCCUCCCCUCUUCUUUUGAGGAGAUGUUUCCUGUUAGCCUCACUUGGCUGCACAUCAGAACGAUGCUUCUGCCUUUGGGUUGAAAAUCAGCCUCUUCAGUUAGAAAAAUAGUUACCUAAAAGGUAUUUGGAGUGACAGGUGCUGACUGCGCACCUUUCUGGGCCAGCAGCUCCGCCAGGGCGCAGGGGGCGAGUGCUGGGGGGUGCGGGGCCACUCAGCAGCAGCAGACCUGCCGUCCUGGGGUCCUGGCCUGCGUGGCCAGGGGUUUGUUCGUCAGGGGACGCGGGGCAGUGCCGGCGCGCCCUCGUGGACAGCUACUGGAGGGUGUCGUGGUACUGGCGGCGGGGGAAGGGGCAUGGGCCACCCGGGGCCUCUCAGCCCACACGUGUCAGCCCCUGUCACCCCGAGUCUCAGCAGUUACUCCCGUGUGCUCUGCGGGCCGCCGAAGUCGCCGAAGCUCAGGGGUUACCAGUGCCAGUUUAGGAUGGUUGUUUUAAAGCCGGUGUGUCACAGACUCUGCCUCAUGGUGCAGAGCGCUUCUCCCAGCCGCUUUCCAAGGGCAGGCCAUCAUUCUGCCAACGUGCAUUCGACGUUCGGGCAGAGGUAACAGCUCCAUUCCACCUGCUGAGUUCACAGAAGGGGCAUGAAGCCGACGCUGGGUGCAGGCCGGGACCUGCGCCCUGCCUCUGGGCCGCCACCUGCUGGCGGGGCGGGGAAGGACGGCCACGUCUUCCAGCCAUUGGAGGCUCAGCAGAACGGCAGAAGCCGAGCUCUGGUGGGCCCGAGGCCGUGGGGUCAUCUGUGAGCACAGAGCCUGGGUAUUGUCUGCUCCUGCCCGGCCCUCCCCAUCUCCCCUUCGUCUCUGGUUCCCUGAAGCCCUGGGGGCCAACAGCAUAGCCCCAAGUCAGGGCGCCACCUGCUUGGCCCAGCUGAGGCCUUCGGAAGCUGGGUAGGAGCCUGGGGCCCCUUGGUUCCAGUCCCCUCUCUUUUUGGAAGGGGAUUGAGACGCUCAGAGAGAAGAGGGUUUACUUAGUCAUCCCCAGCGUGACCUCCAGGUGAGCGCCGUCACCUCCCGUUACUGUCCUUGAAGUGAAAGUUGACACUUGAAGACAGGCCCCAGGUCAGACCCCAUCGUGGCGCCCUGGUACAGGGAGGGGUCGUCUCCCUCGGACCCCAGCUCGAGGGAGGCUGCUCUCUCUGUGUCUGCCCGGGCUCCUCACCUGGGGUCCUAGCCCCCAGAAGCCCAGGGAGAUGGGUGAGAUGGGCUGAGCCCAGGGACCUUGUUCUGGUGGGUGUGGUGGGGAUGGACCCUCCUGGGGCCUGCAUGGCAGGGGGUCCGAGCAAGCUGGGGCCCAUCCUGGGUGUGUCCUGGUUACCCGGUAUCCCACCACAGAUGCAUGUCACGCAGGUCCCCAGAGGAGGUGUGCUGGCCCUGACCCCCGCCUGAGGCCGGGGGCCUGGCCGAGCUGGCUCUAGGGGCAGUGCCCGUCUGGUGGGGUCCCUCGUCCGCCACCCAGCGCCUUCCUGUCCCUCGCUCGCCAGCAGAGCGGUCCCUGCAGGUGGGCGGGGCCUCGGUCUGUGGGAAUGUGAGCCCUUGCUCUGUAAACAGCUGGUGACUCACCGCACAGCUAUGCCUGGCGGCCAGGCCUCGUGCACUGACGCUGCUGCCCAGCUUGCUGGAAUGGCACCCGCAGCCCCUCCUCCCUGACGUGGAAAACUUUCUCAUGGCUCCUGUGGCCUCCGCUGGCUUUUCCUGGUGGCUUCUCCAGCGUGCCUUGACCCCAGCCCUGGAGCGGGUUACGAUUUCCAAGCAGUUCUGUCCGGGUGACUGUGCCCAGGUUAUGACGACUAAUCCCAAACCGAACAAGGCAUUGAAGGUCAAGAAGGAGGCAGGCGAGAACGGCCCGGCGCUGGGCGACGAUGACCUGGUGUCCAUGUCCGUGCGGGAGCUGAACCAGCACCUGCGCGGCCUGUCCCGGGAGGAGGUCGCCCGGCUGAAGCAGCGCCGGCGCACGCUCAAGAACCGCGGCUACGCGGCCAGCUGCCGCAUCAAGCGCGUCACGCAGAAGGAGGAGCUGGAGCGGCAGCGUGUGGAGCUGCAGCGGGAGGUGGAGAAGCUGGCGGCGGAGAACGCCGGCAUGCGGCGGGAGCUGGACGCGCUGCGCGCCAAGUACGAGGCGCUGCAGGCCUUCGCCAGGACCGUGGCCCGCGGGCCCGUCACGCCCACCAAGGUGGCCACCACCAGCGUCAUCACCAUCGUCAAAUCCCCCUCCGUGCCCUUCUCGGCCGCCUCCUAGGGCCCGUCCGCUGGGCUCGUCAGGGGGUCCCACGGGGACAGACGCCGUGACUCCCGGGUCAGAGCAGGGGCGGGUGCCGGGUGAGGAGAGG